AUGCCGUCCACACCUGCGCGCCCGAGUAAGCGCCGACACUCCUUUACCCCCACCCUCUCCCCCGUCGAGCAAUCGCCGCCACCCGCCGAACAAUCACCGCCGCCCCUUAUCCAGCUCUCACCUCCACGCCCAGCCAAAAGGGUAAAAGUGGGGGCGCCUGACGCAAAUGGGGCUGGUGCAUCCUCCAGCCGCGGUGCCGGCACUACGCUCUUCCCAUCGACCUUCGACGUCUGGCCCGCUUCACACGGCCUCCCGCCGCCCGUCAACCUGCUCUUUCAUGCGCCGCUGCUGCCUCUCGACACGACAAUUCCGAACACCCCGUUCGCCUUUUCAGUGGCCAGUAGCAACACGAACUUGUACGGAGGAUCCAAGUGGGCGGAGGAAGACACUCCGCAGGCGUCUCAGGGCUCAUCGUCCACCUCUGACUCGACAGGUGACAUACCUGAGAUCCUGCUCCGUGGUAUGCCCCCUUGGGUGGAGCGCACGAAAGGGCACUUCGAGGCGGUGCUUCGCCAGCAAGCAUCCGGCGCGAGUGCAAGUCCACACCGGCAUAAGCUCACCAGACCGGAGCAGACUUCUGCCGGUGAAGAGCGACCGCCCCACAGAGGCCUGCGCCGCGCCAGCCUCCAACUGAUCCCAACGUCUUCCGCCAGGGAGGGCGAAGCAAACGCCACCGGUCCAGCCAGCUUGAGACGGGCGAGCUCGACGCCAUCUCUGCCGAAGGCCAUCGAGAUGCCGAGGGAGCGUACGUCACACUCCUCCCGUUCGAAGCGUGCUCGAGGGUCUGCAAUGAUUUUGCAGGCCCUAACUGCUCAGCAGGUCGAGAUCUGGACGUCACUUGUAGAAGGAACUAGGCAAGGUCGCAUCGACUCAAAGAACCACUUCAACGAGCUCACAAGUCAUGAGGCGACGAUAGACGCCGUGGCCGCCAAGGUCAAGAAAAGUUCCUUCGAGAUCGGAGCGAUCGUGAUCCCCAUCCCCAAGGCCCUUGUAACGAGCAACUCGAGGUUUGCCGAAGGCCCGGUAAGGUUCCGUCUGCUUGACCCCACGGUGUUGGACAUGUCGAAGUCUACGCUCAAUGUCGAUACACUUGGCAUGGUCAUCACCGACCCCAAAGACGGGGCCCUUCUUGGCGCAUACGGUAAGGCGGCACUCGAGUCCAAUACGUACAAGAAACGAUGGGACAACAUGGUCACCUGGUGCGCUCUGAUCUCAGGCAGGGAUGGAACUCUCUGA